AUGCCCUCCAAUAAACAAUCGUUAUAUGAGCUGAUCGCAAGAUAUCCGCAGUUGCUCCAUCAUGAGGAAAACGUUUCCCGAUCCCCGUUUGCAGUCUCGACAUGGAUGGUUUAUUUGGAUGACAUUGACUCUCUGAUUACGGAUCGCAAUGACGACUAUGCUGAGCUACUGUUAGUACGAGAUUUACAGGCCCGUCGAGCUGUCCAAAUCUUGCCCAAAUCCUACAAGUUAUGGAAAGUCCAUUGGGAGUUUUGCACCUAUCACAAAGACAAGGUGUUUUCACAUUCCACACUCAUGAAUAUGUGGGAACAAGCCUUGCAAACACUCCACAAAUUUCCAAGAGUGUGGAUGGAAUAUCUUGCUUAUGCUCAUGCUUCCAACAAGGUGCACCCAACAACCCUUCGACGACUGGCGAAUCGGUGUUUGGAAGCCUUGCCAGUGACACAACAUGGCAAAAUUUGGCCAAUUCUAUUGGAAUACUAUCAGACACCAGGCGAGUACAUUCCCAAAGAAUCCAAACUAGCAAUUCUAAGAAGAUAUAUCCAAUUCAACCCCAAUGCUACCAAGGAAGUUGCCGAGUUCUUUUUUGAAACCUUGGGUAACUGGGGCGAAGCUGCUUUGCUCUACGUGGAGCUCUUGAAUCAACCUUCUUUCUCUCCGGUGGAACGCAAAGAUUUGUGGAUGGAUUUGGCCAAAAUAUGUUCUCGUCACCCCGUCUCGCAGGUGGGUUUGGACUUUGAGGCCAUGACAAGAGCCGUUCUCAAAACCCCCAAGCAUUACAAUCUGCAAGAGUUGGAAGGAGUGGUUUGGAAUCAGUUAGCGGAUAGUUGGAUUCGACAGGGAGAAUUUCAACUGGCGCGAAGUGUUUACGAAGAAGCGAUUGAGUGUGUGUCCAAAGUCCGAGAUUUUACUAUUUUGUUGGAUGCUUAUUUGCAAUUCGAAGAGGGCUUGUUGGAAGCCACAGUAGAGGCUCAAGCUGAAAACGAAGAGGACGAAGAGGGAGAAAAUGCUGAUGGAGAUGAUUGGGAUCUUUUAUUACAAAGAUCCACUGGGGAAUCAUCAAAGUCGACGACCACUAUGGCAGAUUUAGAACUUGCUCUGGCCCGAGCCGAGGAUUUGACGGCAAGACGGCCAAUUCUACUAAACAGAGUAUUGCUGCGGCAAAAUCCAAGCGAUGUUGGUGAAUGGUUAAAGAGAGGCCGGUUAUUUAUGGAAAAUGAACAAAUACCCCAAGCUGCGGCAGCGCUCGAAGAAGCUCUUCAAGUAGUUCAUGCCCGUCGAGCUGUUGGAGGAAAGCCAUCACAAAUUGUAUUGGAUUUGGUGAACAUUUAUGAUCAUGGAAUGAACGAAUUGACAAAAGCUCGAGAUUUGCUCGAUCGUGUAUGUGUUCAAUUCUCGUACGAAUUCAAAGAUGUGGAUGAUUUGGCAGAAUGCUUUGCUGCUUGGGUGGAACUUGAAUUGAGGCAUGAGACAUGGGAUGAUGCUUUGGAUGUCAUCCGAAGGAGUGUGGUCGUGCCACCAAAGGCUCCCAAAAUGGCCCGGGGACUGGCCAAAUCACUGCGACUAUGGGAUUUACUUUUGGAUCUGGAAGAGUCGCUCGGGACCAUGCAAUCGACAAAGGACGCCUACAGCAAAGCAAUAGAGAAUCGAGUUGCGACUCCAAUGCACAUUCUGAACUUUGGGUCUUUCCUUACCGAACACAAGUACUUUGAAGAAUCUUUUUCUGCGUACGAACGCGGCGUCGAGCUAUUUGAAUUCCCAGGAGUUAAGGUAGUGUGGAAGGCAUAUCUAGACGCUUUCCUAAAGCGUUAUGGAGGGGACAAAGUGGAACGAACGAGAGACUUGUUCCAACGAUGUCUGGAGGCAAGUCCACCGGAAGAGAGUGUUGAAUUCUUUUUGAUGAAUGGCUCGUUCGAAGAAGAACACGGGUUGGCACGAAGAGCACUAGGCGUGUACAAACAAAUGUGCGAAAAUGUUCCGCCAUCUGAAAAAUUCGAAGCCUAUCAGCUGUUCAUCGCCAAAACUAUUAAGUAUAUGGGCCAGACCGCUUCUCGAGACGUAUAUCAAUCCGCAAUCCAGAAUUUGGACGAUGCUUCCUCUGCAAAGCUUUGUCUCGACUUUGCAAAAAUGGAAACUUCACUUCAAGAGAUCGACCGCGCCCGUGCCAUUCUCACGUAUGGUGCACAAAUGGCAGAUCCAAGACGAAACGACGAAUUCUGGACAGGCUGGAACGACUUUGAAGUUUCGCAUGGUAACGAAGAGACGUUCCGAGAGAUGUUACGUAUCAAACGAAGCGUCGAGGCAUCGUUCUCGACAGUUAAUUACAAUGCUGCAGAGAUGAGUGGUACUGAUGGGAAGCCGGAAACCUUGUCGAAUGAAGAAGCAAUGCGUCUGAUUGCAGAACGUGAAGGUGUAGAGCUUGAAGCGGACCAGACAAAGGAAACGGUUCCUGGAUUCGUGGGUGCAAAACGAAGUGCCCAAGAUGCUAGUUUGGACGAUAUGGAAGAGCGUGUGGCCAAACUGCGAAAAGCAACUGGUGCAGAACCAACGACUAAUGAUGACGAGGACGAAAUUGAUCUUGACGAUCUUGAAGAUGAUGGAGAGGAGGAGGAUGAAGCUCCACCAUCAAAAUCCAUUCAGGAUAUUUCUACAAAAUUAGUCCCCGCAGCUGUAUUUGGUGGAUUGGCCGAACUGAGCAGUAGCGAAGCAUAA